CGUGCACUAAAAACAGCUGUUCUUGUCAGCUCUGAAAUUUUACUGGGCGUUUCACCAGCUUUUGUUGAUAAAAAACGCAUUAAAUACGUAUCACAUUCGGGCUUAAAAACAGGAAACAUAAUAUAGCUAUAAAUAUGCUCGUACUAGUACUUGGCGACUUGCAUAUACCACACCGUUGCAGUAGUCUGCCGGCAAAGUUCAAAAAGCUGCUUGUGCCCGGUCGGAUACAUCAUAUAUUGGCCACCGGAAACAUCUGCACCAAGGAAUCGUAUGAUUAUCUCAAAUCGCUGGCCAACGAUGUGCACAUAGUGCGCGGCGAUUUCGAUGAGAAUCUCAGCUAUCCGGAGCAAAAGGUUGUGACAGUGGGACAAUUUCGUAUUGGCCUGUGCCAUGGUCACCAAGUGGUGCCGCGUGGUGAUCCGGAGGCUUUGGCACUAAUCCAACGCCAGCUGGAUGUGGAUAUACUCAUAACGGGGCAUACGUACAAGUUUGAGGCGUACGAGCAUGGCAAUAAAUUCUACAUAAAUCCCGGCUCGGCGACGGGCGCCUUCAAUCCUCUGGACACAAAUGUGGUGCCCUCAUUCGUGCUAAUGGACAUACAAAGCACAACGGUGGUCACCUAUGUGUACCAACUGAUUGGCGACGAGGUCAAGGUGGAGCGCAUUGAGUACAAGAAGAUAUAACCAAGUAUUAGCAGCAAAUUCAUUCCUCCUCACGCUUGUGCACGCACUGAUCCGAUCUGUCUUGAUCUUGGCUUAAUUACGGAAAAUUGAAUAUAUAUAUAUAUAAAUAAUGUAUAAAUUAAACACGUUUCCUUUUUUUUAUUUAAUAAAAAAAUGUUUAAAUUUUAUUUAAAUAGAAUAUAAAAGAGUACUUGCUUUUAUUCUGAUCAUCUCCGGAUGCGCUUACAUGCAUAUGCGUGCAAAAGUUUUUUAAUUGAAUGAAAAGUCUGCUUAAAAUGUUGACAAAGUUUCGUGCAUUAUUUUCAUUGAUUUUUAAAUAUAUUAAUACAAAUUGGAUUCUCGUUCGGGUCACGUUGCAUUGCUUCUUGCAUUAUAAAAUAAAUAUAUAUGUAUA